AUGCUCAUCGUCAUCUUGCAUCCUGAACAAUGGAACGGUGGAUCUGACCGAUGCACACUCGGGAUGAUUAAACAUUUCGUUGAACUAGGACAUCGAGUUAUAUGGUACACGACAAUGAUCGAUUGCUACUGGGAUGCUGAACUAUUUGAUAACGUAGAAAUACGCAAUGUAAACUUUCCAUUGCAUCCAGGCGAUUGGUGGACACAGAAUAUAUUGCUUGCUUGGCAACUUAUAUUUUCCGGUCUCGUUCCCGAUCUUGUUGUCAUCGACCACAGUGCAAGUUGCUUGCCGAUGUUGAAAUGGAGAUUUCCAAAGGUCAAAAUUUUAUUUUAUUGUCAUUUUCCUCAACAACUGGUUAUACCUACACGUUUUUUCCUCUAUCGUUGGUAUUCGCGAGUGAUUGGUUUAAUCGAAGGUAUGUUGUUCCAGAAAGCUGACCUCAUCAUGGUUAAUAGUCAUUUUACAGAAACUCAAUUUCUUCGUGUGAUGCCGGAAGUGAAUCCAUCCCGACUAAUAGUAGUUUAUCCUCCAUGUAACGUAGAUGCUAUUAAAACUGGAGAUAAAGCAAUCAGUCGUAAACAACGUCAGCAUAACAAUAAGCGUUACACGUUCUUAUCAAUGAAUCGUUUUUGGCCCGAGAAAAAACUAGAUAUCAUUAUUAAAGCUGCUGCUCUAAUAAAAAGAAACAAUAAGAUGCGUCCACGUAUCGUGCUUGCUGGUUCCGUGAUGCCUUACAUACCUGAAUCACGUAUUUAUUAUAACUUACUACAGAAAAUGGUUCAAGAUAUGAAGGUUGAUGAUAUUGUGGAAUUUGUGAAAUCUCCCACAGAUCUCGAAAAAUUCUCUUUGUAUAGAGAAUGUGAUACAGUUCUUUAUACACCACCAAAUGAGCAUUUUGGUAUUGUACCUGUAGAAGCGUUGGAGCAGCGCAGACCAGUCAUAGUCUGCGAUAGUGGAGGUCCAGCUGAAACAGUACUGGAAGGGAUAACUGGUUCAAAGAUAGCUGCUCCUCAUGGAAGACUGUUAGCAAUUGCCAUGGAGGAACACAUGAGACGAACUUCAUGGCCUGCUCUUGAUGAUGAUGAAAUCUAUGACUGUCAACGAAAACGUUUUGAACAGUACUUCAGUUUAAAUGGAUUUUGCAAUCGAAUCAAUGAUGCUCUGGCUUUUUUGUUCCCGGAUGACCAGAUUGUGACCAGUAACACUUUGUCACUUGAAGAGAAGGACGAAACCUUCCAAUAA